AGCAGCGUACACGCCAUCCUCUGUAAUACGCAUACCGUACGUGUACGAGGUCCGUGCACACACCAUCCGCCGACACACGCGUCCUCUCGCGCACACGGACCACCGGUGAACAGAGGAUCCUUCUUCGAUAUACCACAAAGGAGAGGAGAUAGAAGGGAAGGAAGUAGCGACGCGGAUGUUCCGACCAGUGCUACGACGGAGACGCGAGGAAGGAAUUAACUCGAACGCGCGAUCAACGGUUUCCAAAUAAGUGAAAAUAUCAUCACGGGGAAGAUAGAUAGACUUUUGGUGCGAAGCAGGUGCGAACGGUCCUCGUCUGUUUCGUCUCUUCUUCGUUCAUCGGCUUCUGACAUCGAGGAAUAGCACGUGCAGAUCGGGGAACGAGGCGCGAUUCGAGGCAGCGACCGAUCACGACAAAACCGCGCAAGGAAAACGGAGCACGGUGAGAAAGCAGAAGUGUGGAUAUUCCGCAUUCCGGACAAGGAUAUUCCGAGGGUGUUGCCGAACUUAGUGAUCUUCCACUGACGUCAUUUCGUGCUUUCGUACUUUCAUUCGAGGGACGAGAAUAGUGUUCGCUGAUUCGACAAAGACAUUCAGAGGGAUCUAUCCGUCGGCCGAGACGAGGCAACACCCGAAUCUCAAUCAUCCAGACGCCACAGUGGACGGCCGUGUCGUCUAGUGGCGCGUCGUCGAGGGGUCGCGAGGCGUUGGGGCCGAUCGUGCGAGGGUGCUGAGUACUAUUCCGCGGCUGCGAGGACAAGCAACAGCCCGAAGAUUCUCCCAGCAAAGGGCAAGAUGCACAUCGAGGUGCAGGUGGCGCUCAACUUCGUGAUAUCGUACCUCUACAACAAACUGCCGCGAAGGCGGGUGAACAUCUUCGGCGAGGAGCUCGAGAAGGCGCUCAAGGACAAGUUCAAGGGGCACUGGUACCCGGAGAAACCUUUCAAGGGAUCGGCGUUCAGAUGCUUGAAGACGGGCGACCCGGUCGACCCGGUGUUGGAGAAGGCGGCGAAGGAGAGCGGCGUGCCGAUCCAGGACAUCUUGGAGAACCUUCCAGCGGAGUUGGCCGUGUGGGUCGACCCCGGUGAGGUGAGCUACCGCAUCGGCGAGAUGAACGCGGUCAAGAUCCUCUACUCGGAGACGGGGGACCCGCACGACGAGAGCUCGGCCGACCGGGAGGUGACCAAGACGUUCAACCCCGAGGCCCAGUGCUUCAGGCCCAUCGAGGCCGUGGGCACGUCGCUGGGCGGGCUCAGCCUUAGCCCCAAGUCCACGUCCCCGUUCCCGAGCUCGUUGGGCAGCAACGCGAGCAACGGGUCGUCCAACAACCAGCAGAGCGGCCACGGAUCCGGCUCCUCGUCGGCGGCCUCGCCGACGCCCACCACCCCCUCGUUCAAGGGCUCGCCCAGCCCCGUUCCGGCGUUCAUCCCGCGUACCACGGCGCCGCUCACAUUCACCACGGCCACCUUCGCGCAGACCAAGUUCGGAAGCACCAAGUUGAAGACGAGCAGCAAACGAGCGAACAGGUUGGUGGACAGUCUGCUUUUCUAGACAUGUUUUUCCGAA